AUGAACGUCUCUUUCUUCGACGUGACCCAGGGCGCGCUGUUUAACGGGAGCCAGACCCUGGCCGGGACUCUGGCGACAUACUCCGGCAAUGGCACUACCAACGUGGUGACCGGCGACGGCGGGGGGUCUCUGGUGCUAGUGCAAGACGAGCGCAAACUCUUCGUCAUGCGUGUGGUGCAAAUCGCGGUGCUGUGCGUGUUGUCGCUCACGGUCGUCUUCGGUAUAUUUUUCCUUGGCUGCAACCUGAUGAUCAAAUCAGAGAGCAUGAUUAACUUCCUGGUGAAGGACCGGAGACCCUCCAAAGAUGUGGAGACGGUCAUGAUCGGGCUAAGCUAG